AUCUCCAUAUUGACCCAUAUUAUCUUGAAUCAAGCGAUCCAACAUCUUUUUGUCAUCGUUAUUCGCCGAACCCAGUACUAAACAUUGCUGGAAAAUUUGACUUUAUCGUAUAUACUGGUGAUUCUGUUAGGCAUGAUAAAGAUAAAGCUUUUAAACGAACUGAAGAACAAGUUUUAGAUGCUCAUAAAACAGUUGUGGAAUAUGUUCGAAAGUAUUUUGAUUUAUCAAGAAUUAAAUUUAUCCCAACACUUGGAAAUAAUGGCGAAUUUGAGCAUAAUCGAUUAUCCCAAGGUCCAAACGCAGUGUUGGGAAAUUUAUCUCAAAUCUGGGCUCCUUUAAAUCUGAACUUAACUUCUGACUUUAUAAAAGGAGGAUACUUCCGUCAAGAUAUUCAUUCCAAAUUAUCUGUACUUAGUCUCAAUUCCUUGUAUUUUUACAAAAAGAACAAAAUAGCACCUGAUUGUAAUGUAACAGAUGGUCCCGGUGCAUUGCAAUUGGAAUGGUUUGAACGCGAAUUAAAGAGUGCACGCCAUGAAGGACGAAAGAUUUAUAUUUCACAACAUGUUUCCCCACUGGAUGACUCUAAUGUGGUAGCUUAUUCACCAGCGUGCUUUGAUGCAUAUGUACAGCUAAUUGGCAAAUAUUCGGAUAUCAUUUGUGGGCACUUCACAGGACACACGGAUAAAGAUACGGUAUCGUUCGUUACUAGUACCGGUAAAGACGAGGAUGCAUAUUCAAUAUUUGUCCUGAACGAAACACACGCUUCAAAUAUAACUUCAGUAGAAGAUGUUGUAUUGGUUUUAACAAAUGCUCCAUCAGUAAAACCAACUCACAAUCCAGCAAUAAGACUAUAUGAAUAUUCAACUUUAACUCGGAAUAUCGGUACUUUAAAAGAUUACACACAAUAUUUUGUAAAUCUAACAGAAGCAAAUGAGAUUGGUGAAGCUAUAUGGAGAAUUGAAUAUGUUGCUAGUGAAACUUAUGGAAUGAGUUCUUUGAAAACAAAAGAGUGGACCAGAGUUUUAAACAAAUUUAGAGUACCUGAUAGUUACGCCUGGAAAUUAUAUGUUAAACAUAUUACAGUUAGUG